GUCCGAAAUAUCUGGCACCCGUCCCUCCAAAAGUCUACUAUAGCUUAUCCCUGCGGAUAUUCCGCACCUAGUAUCGUCUGUAGGUAUAUUUAUACGUCUCGGGUGCUGCCCAUAAGACUAGUAGCACUGCUCGCCACCUAGGAUCGCUUAGCAACAUGUCUACUAUGAACAAGGAAGACUUGCAAUCUUAUUUUGAAAGAAGCGCCACAAUAGUACUCCAAAUAUUCGACAAAGUCGAGGCGGCAUACGUCCGGCCUGGUUUGAAUGCUCUCAUACGCUCCUUUCAAACAAAACCUCUUCAUUCAACUUUCUUGUCUACCUUCGCCUUGCUAAGCUUCCUGCCUUUCGUUGCUUUCAUCGGAUUCUCCCUCUUCGUGCUCGGCUCGUCCUUAUUCUUUGCCUUAGCCACCGCACUUGCAGUGUCUGCAGCAGCUAUAACGGUCUUCGGGUUCAUCCUCGCAAUCACCCUCAUCAUUCUCUUCUUCGUUUCCGUAUUCCUGACAAUGGCCGUUCUCGGCAGUCUACUAGCUCUCCGUCUUAUCUUCCUCGUUCGAAGCAAUGGUCCACGCGGUGGUGUCACCGAAUGGGCUCAAGAAACAAGAAGCCGCGUAUAUGCGCCCAAAGACCUCAAGUCUGAAUCUGUUGAACCUGAUGUGGAAGAGGACGAAGCCACAUCAACGCCGCAAGCAGAAGAGAAGGAUGAAGACGCUCAGGAUGAGCACGAGGAGAGGAGUAACUCGUCUAUGUCUGUUGGGUCUACGGUGGUCGUUGCCGGCCAGGAGGGGAAAUAUGACCCUGAUGUCAAUGCCAAGCUUGAGGAAUAAGGUUGUAUGGUGGUUGAGAGUUGUUCCCCUUUCCAUGCACGUUCUGGACUCUUGGACAUGCAGAUGAUAUCAUUUUGGUACAAAAUACCUUGUAAUCUUCGUAGCUAUCUGGUAUAUAUCGUCUACGCAGGGGCGAUAGCAGGGACAAAGAAUAUCUGUGGAUGAGGCAAUGAAACGCUUCUAACCUACCGCUAGAUGUCCUCUAUGUGGUCUUCCUGUUCUUCCCUGUCCUAGCGGUAUCAUAGUUCUCCAAGAACCACUUGACAGUCUCAUCAAGUGCUGUAGAAAGAACGAGGAGUUAGUUCGAUAGUUCAUUCCACCUGUCACCGAAAUAACCGAGCUUACCCUUC